GUUACCAGUCAUGUCGCUGAGCCUACCAACUCCCGAUGACUUUCCAGCUUUUCCGUUCUCUCCUUAUCCGAUACAGGUGGAGCUUAUGCGCCAUCUUUAUACGUCUAUCGAGGGAAGAAAGGUCACUAUCAUCGAGAGUCCAACUGGCACAGGAAAAACACUCAGUCUUUUAUGUGCCAGCUUGACUUGGUUAACGGAUGAGAAGAAUCGCGCGAGGAAAGGCAAACUGGCGGCAUUGGGGAUGGCUGAUGCAGACGACAAUGACUGGGUAGCUGGGCAGACCAGGGAGCGUUUGAGAAGAGACUUGGAAGAUCAGGAAAGUGAAUAUGAGCAGCGGUUGGCUAAGGCCAGAAAGAAAGAAGCGGAGAUGAGGAAAAUGGCAAGGGCGCGCACCUCGAAGAAACCCAGGAUGAAGGAGAAAUCCAACCCCAUUAACGACGAAGAAAAUGACGACGUGUUCCUUCCGGAAACUGAAGCAGCUGAGAACGAUAAUAUAUCGCCGGCGGUCAAGACAUUGAUGGAAAAGCUAGAGAAAGGUUCUAGGCAGGACUUGCUGGACGACGAAGAACUUACAUGCACCAAGAUAUACUACGCGUCACGCACGCAUUCUCAGUUGACCCAAAUCAUACCAGAAAUGAAGAGAUUAAAGCUCUUUCCGGUUGAUAAUCGGUCGACCUGCUCUUCGAUCGCGUUGCCCCGAAAACGUGUUGCUGAAGAAUCGGACGAUGAAGUGGACACGGACACUACAAUCUCUUAUUCACGCACAGUGUCGCUUGGCUCGCGAAAACAGCUUUGUGUCAAUGACGAACUUCGUUCAAAGAAGGCAGACCUUGACGAGGCGUGUCGCGAACUGUUAAACGAGAAGGGGGAUAAACGCUGUCAAUUUUUGUCACCUAUAGGCGAUGAUUACCGUAUGGUUGAAUUUCGAGAUCAAAUCCUGGCCUCGCCAAAAGAUAUUGAAGACCUUGCCACCGCUGGUCGAAUAGUUAAUUUAUGCCCAUAUUUUGGCUCUAGGCGCGCCAUAUCUCAAGCAGAACUCGUGACCUUACCUUAUAACCUGCUGUUGCAGAAGUCGGCGCGUGAAGCCCUCGGGAUUGAUCUAAAGGAUCAAAUCGUUAUCAUUGACGAAGCUCACAACCUUAUCCCAACACUCCUGGCGUUGUCGACGCACAAGUUGUCUCUCUCUACCCUGGAAAUAUCUUUUAAACAAGUGUGCAUUUACAAUUCAAAGUUUCGCAAUCGCCUUUCUCCCGUAAACAUGUUACACUUGAAGCGUCUAGUCGCAUUUCUCGAUGCAUUGACGAAAUAUACCCUAUCCUGGAAGGAGGACGAUGUACGUCAAAAUCAGAAGGUUGAUAUGCUUUCUGUAUCUGAGCUCCUAGAACGGCUUGGAAACAAGGUAGCGGGGAUUAAUUUAUUAGAGAUUACGGGAUAUUUGAAAACAAGUAAAGUUGCAAGAAAGAUUGCGGCUUAUUCUGAAAAGCAGGAUGAAAAAAGAAUGGAUUCGGCAAAGAUUAAGCAGACCCCGAAAGGGGCGGUUCCACCCUUACAUGCAGUUGAAGACUUGAUGCGCUCGCUGACAGCGACAAGCGAAGAUGGCAGAAUAAGUCUUUCCCUUGUGGGAAACCCCGGUCAUGAAGAUGUUGAAAUCAAAUACCAGCUCCUUAAUCCAGCCCCGCCAUUUUUGGACGUAAUCGAAGAAGCACGAUCCAUUAUUCUUGCAGGCGGAACCAUGUCACCUAUAUCUGAUGUCAUGAACCAACUGUUCCCGAAUCUACCAAGUGAAAGGUUGACAAGUUUCUCUUGCGGUCAUGUCAUCCCGCCUUGGAAUCUGUUGCCAAUGACAAUUUCCAAGGGGCCACGUGGCGGAGACCUCCAAUAUAAAGCUGAAAAGCAAGCAGACAAAGCUGUGAUCGGAGAGUUGGGACAGAUCAUCCUAAAUUUGACCAACAUCGUUCCCGGUGGGAUGAUCGUGUUCUUUCCGUCUUAUAGAUUCUUGCACACGAGCAAAGAUGCUUGGAAAACAAGUGGUGUUAUAGAAAAGUUCAACGCGAAAAAGAAAGUGUUCUUUGAGCCAGAUGAAGCCAAAGAUGUCGAUGAGAUCCUGCAAGGAUUCUCAUUUGCAGUCCAUAAUCCAGUCGACAAUAAGAAAGGCGCAUUGCUCUUCGCAGUUAUUGGGGCAAAGCUAUCUGAGGGCCUGAAUUUUACCGAUGAUUUAGCUCGAGCGGUAGUCAUUGUCGGGCUUCCUUACGCGAACCUAGCGUCCCCAGAGCUUCGCGAGAGGAUGAAAUAUGUAAAGCGGCUAGAGGACAAAGGUCAGCUAAAGAAAGCGCAAGGCCAGAAAGAUGCCGCAGCGGAGCUGUAUGAAAACAUGUGUAUGAAUGCUGUCAACCAGAGUAUAGGACGUGCAAUAAGACACCGUGGGGAUUGGGCGUCCCUGAUUCUCCUUGAUAGACGCUAUGCAUCACCGAAUAUUCGCAAUAAGUUGCCGAAGUGGAUCGGAUCAGAGAUGAAGGUUGCCCAGACAUUUGGAUCAGCCAUGAAAGAAAUGGGUGUUUUCUUUAGAAAUAAAAAGGUCCAAAAUUAGUAUGUACUAGUCAGCCCCAGAAAUUCUAGGACGGCAUAAGCUAUAUGUAAGAUAGUGCUGUCGAUAAAGUCCAUGCAGACAAUCUGUCUAGGAUAUGAAAAUAAACGAACAAGUGCAAUGUCAUGC